ACUCCUUUUCUUUUUGCAAAUAUAGACUAACACGGCUGCUACUCUGAAACUUUGAAAAUGUGUACUAACCAAAGUGCUGGGUAGCCUCAGGGCUGCUUCAGCAUGCCAGCUGGUAAGGCCUCCUAAGGGACUGUCUGCCAGAUGAGUGUUCUAGCCGUGCCUCCUUCCCAAUCUGUGCCAGAGGCUAUGUAGAAGAUGCCAAUUCUGGCGGUUGUUUGCUUUCUGGAAACUCCCUCUAGCUGGGGAGUUGCCUGUCUCCAGUCCCAUUGUGCUGUCUGAGAGUGGGGUAAAAAUCUGCCCCACGAUGUUAUCAAGAUGAACAAAAACAAAUUGGUUUAUACUGAAGAAAAUCACCAUUUCAUAAGUAAAACUUAUAGCUCUUUAAAUGUGAAGCCUGAUCAAAAUAGGGCUCAUGUCUUCUCAUAUUAAAGCUUUCAGGGUGCACUGCUACACUGUCGUUGAAUCUGUCUUCUGACUCCCUUAGGAAAUAAUAGACUGGUGGUCCACGUAGCUGUGAAUCCAUGUCAGUGAAAAAUUAUCAUCCUGUGGCAUGUUUUGCAGGCUUUAUAACUGCUAUGCUAGCCCUGGCUCUACCUUCUGCAGUGUAAAUCCAGAAGAGAGCUGCUUACAGUAGUGUAAACAAUGUCAUGAAAAAUUGACCUGGCUCACAGCCACUCAGAAAUUGACACUUCAUUCCUAUAGAUGGCUUCAUGACGAAACACUAAAUUAUUUACUUCUUCUUAAAUCAGUGAACUGUUACAAAACCUCUCUUUACUGAACAGUAAAUAGUAGUUGUGACACUGAGCCAGAAAGGGUUAAGCAACUUGCAGGCUAAAUGACUUUAGAGAUAUAUUAGUAUAUAAUGAUUGUAUUUUUUGGUGUGUUUACAUAUAUAUUGUUAGAGACUGACAGUGUAACCAAAUGGUUCCUGUCUGACACUGUAUUCUGUUAAUUCAGAGAUCAAAAGGAGAAAACAUUUAGAUAAACUGUGAAUGUAGUAGUAUCAUUUUCUUCAUUUCUCUUUGAAGUUUGUAGUAAACUACCUAUAAAUGGCAGGAGAUGGACUGUUGCCUGAUGCUAAUCCGUGUAGCUAAUUAAAGGUGGUGCUUUGGAAAUAGAAGGUUUUACUUCAAAUCCACAAUGCUUUAUCCAAGGAAUGCCUGCUAUCAAGAGGUUGCCAGAGAACUAUAAGAUGAACUCUAGGGCCCUGAUCCUGUAACUCAGAUCUGCUUAAGCUUUGUCAUGGGAAGUUUGAUUCACAAGACUGAGUUCUCCAGUUCCAGUUUUGAUCACCCUGAUAUUGGAUGUUGGAAUGUAACCUAAGGAUCUUAUUCUGAAAGAACUCUUCGCAGCUCUAAAGCUCACCAUCUGUAUUGUGAAAACAACCUAAGAAUUUUAUUCAAGUCUGUUUGCAUAAUGAUCUUUUAACCAAUACUUUUUUUUUCCCUAAUAAAUUUUAGUUUAGUUAAUAAGAAUUGGCUGUAAGCCUUUAUUUGGGUAAGAUCUGAAAUAUUCAUUGACCUGGUGAGUAAUGUGUCUGGUACUUUGGGAUUGGUAGAGCUUUUUAUAUGAUGAACAAGAUUUUCAGUAAUCCUUGUCAUAUUUGACUUGGCUGUCUGGGUAGGAGCUCAAGGCUGGAUUGUUUAAGGGAACUGUAUUUCUGGCUUCUGGGUAACAAGUAAGGUGUUGUAGAAGCUAUUUUGUUAAUGGUUUGGUGAAUCUAAGUAUUAGAAAUAUCCACUCGUUUUGGGGAUUGUCUGCCCCAUUCUUUGUACUUUGCCCUGACUGAGCAAUCUCGGCAUGGCCCCCCUUGGACUCCGGUCACAGUAGUACUUUCCAAUUCUAUUCACACACUCAAUGUUGGAAUCAGAAAAAGGAACAAAAGUAGUCUUAUUAAUAUCACACCAAAUUCUGCUCAUUUUAGAAGCCAUUUAAGUCUAAAAGUCUGUUUUUCACUUGCUCUGAUUUGGCAUUUGAAGUUGAUGUGAUUUACCCUACUAGUGUAAAAAGGCCUUAGGCCUGGUCUACACCUAAAACUUAGAUUGACUGUGCUCUAUCUCUCAGGGCUGUGAAAAAUAACAUGCCCUGACCAACCCUCCCACCUUGUAGACGCAGCUAAGACAACAUUAUUCUUCUGUUGACCUACCUACCAUCUUUCUGAGAAGUGGAUUGUAUACGCUGUCAGAAAAUUCCCUUCCUUUGAUGUAGGAAGCCUGUACAGUACAGCGCUACAGUGCACAGCUGCAGCACCGUAGCUGUGCUUCUGUAAUGUAGACAAACCUUUAAUGUAAAGGAAAAUUAAGCCUGGAGUUCUUUGGUGAAAUGUUCUGUGAGGUCUAUGGAGAGAAUCCAAAGUUGAUUCAGCAUUCUUCCUGCCGCAGGAAUGGAAAGAGGUGUAUUAUGGAUCUCUGUACAGGAGGAAUGGUGUGACAGAGUGGAUAUCAGAGAGGCCCCAGGACGAGCUGCCAAUUCUGAGAAAACAGUUGCGGUCUCUGGUAUUCCAGAUGGCAUUGUGAAAGAUGAUGUCAUGGCUGACAUAUUGAUGAUUCAUUUCCAAAAGACAAAGAAUAGGGGUGGAGAUGUGAAAGAUGUGGUUUAUCCAACAGCAAUAAAAGGAGUUGCAUACAUAAUUUUUGAAGAUCAAGAAGUUACAGAGAAUGUUCUCCAGAAAGAUGAACACAGACUAGAGGACAAGAGGCUGGGCAGGUAUUAUCCUCUGAAAAUAUCUCUCUAUAGUGAACACGUCUUCACCUGUGUCUCAUCUGUUCUCGAUUUGUCCAUUUUUGGAGAUAAAUACAUUUUGGAAGAUCUGGUGCAGGAGCUUAAGAAGACUAUCCCAGCCUUGAGCUUCAGUCCUUUGCAAUCCAAUGGACAAAUUUCUGUUCAAGGGUCAUUCCCAGCAAUCAAGUCACUAAAAGACAAUUUGUUAUUAAAAGCAAAUUCCCUUUCAGGGAAGGGCAAGAGGGGAGAGAGAAAGCCAGAUCAGAGACCUAACAUCAGGACCCAGAAGUGUGGACUAUUUGUGGAGUCAAAUAAUACUUUCGUCCGUAAUGUAAACAGGAAAGAACAAGUGGUUGUCCUUGACACAGAUAUAUACUACUACAUGAAACAUUUUUUAUACAAGGAAAGUCUGGCAAAAUACAAUGUUGUAAGUCAUGAAGUCACAGAUGGUGAGAUCACCACAAUAUAUCUAGAAAAUGCCAGAGCAAGUUCUGAUUCUAAAGAAUUAGAAAGAGCCAAAGAGGGAAUUGAAGAUUUGUCUGCAAAACUUCACUGCAGAUUACGUAAAGAAAGAUUCUCUCUUGAUGGCAACACCAGACCUGAAAGGCAGAAAUAUAAACAGGCAUGUGAGAGCAUAAAAUCCCGAUUCCCCAAAGUUCUGGUUAUUCCUUAUGAUACUCACAUUGAUGUGAUAGGAAGUUCCUCUGAGACGUAUGAGUUUACCCAAGAAGUGAAUAGAACAGUAAAAAGCCGCUUCCAACAGAGAUUCAGGAGGUAGAAGUCAUUUAGGUGCUGUAGGUGAUGCCUACGAGCUAGGACUUCCUGAGAAUGACAUCUCUUACACCGAAGUACAGUCUCCCAAGGACGUUGAUAGAAGCCCUAUUACUGGGGACUUUUUAUAAAGGAUGUUUUGCACUUUUGUAAUUUCCAGCUGAGGAUUUCAAAGCACUUUGCAAACUUCAGUUAAUUAGGGCCCAAUCCUGCUCCCAUUGGAGUUUUGCCAUUGACUCCACACAGCACCCUAAUAGUAUUAGGAGCCUCAUUUCACACACUGUGGCUCCUCUAUCAUUAAAAGAAAAUGCAAGCCCUUUUAUAUCACUGCUGACACAGUCCUACAAUAUGUGCACAGGCACUUCUCAAAGCACAGGAAUCAUGGACACCAAGACAAAAGUCCCAAAUACUAACUUAAAUUUCAAACAAUUAGCAAAUGUCCACUUCAUGCAUCCGGUGAAAUUAAAGUGCGUAGAAGUUAGUUUUCAUAGUGAAUGGACCAUCCCUGGUCUCUGCAUCACAAACGAGUGCCUCUUGUGGCUGUAUUAACAUACAGUCUUUUUAUUCAAGUUUUUGUUUAAUAAAUCACUUAGUUUUACAUGUAAAACAUGUUUUGAUAAACUAUUUUUUUCUAUUUGCUGCAUAUUUAAAGUAGUUUUAUUUAACCAAUAAAAAAAGUAAAUGCUG